GUUGGCAGGGCUGUGACCGCACGGGACUCCCAGCUGCACAGUCUGGCCCCAUGGCCUGCAAGGCAACAUACAGCAAUGUCGACAUCAUUGAACCAGGACAAGAGGAGCCGUGGGGUUCUGAGCCAAGGGAGAAGGCAGCUGUCAGCGAUGUAUACACUGAAGAGGAGAGCCAAUAUGAGACGGCCGACCCAGCUGUUGGAGCAAGGAGGAGGCCGAUGGAGCAGCGGGAGGCUCGGGCUCCAGAGUGGGAGUGGAGACUGGGCCAGCGGUGGAUUUUGGCCUGCGCGACUGUCCUGGGAGUCUCUGUGCUGCUGAACCUGCUGCUCCUCACACUUGGUGUUGUCCGAUUGUUUCUCAACACAGCUGCUAUGACAUGGCCGAGACCACUGGUGAUGUUUCCAUCUCCUGCAGACAUGGAGACGGCCAGCACCCUUGAGAGAAUGCAAGUGGAGAACCAGCUGCUCCGGAAUGUGGGCUCUCCAGCUUCUGGCUUCUUCCUGAUCUACAGUGAGUCACACCAGCUGUGCGUGGAUGUGACCGCUGGUGGCUCCCUGACAGCUGCGCCCUGCACCCCUGGCGCCCCCAGCCAGCACUUCCAGUGGCUGUCUCAGGGCCAGCUGCUGAGUGUGGCCCACCAGCAGUGCGUAGCUGUGCCAAAGCGGCUCAACCGAAUGGCUGUGCGCCUGGAGCCCUGCAAGGCCCACAGGGAGCUGCAGCACUGGGAGUGCCGGGCAAACGGGCUGCUGGCCCUCGCCAAGGAGAACCUCUACUUCAACUAUGGCAACAGCCAGAGCCAUGUGGUGAUGCUGUACACAGGGGAUGGGCCCUGGAGCCGUUGGGUCGUCUAUGGGAGCCAUGAGGACCUCUGCUCCUGCGCCUGUCAUGUCUGCACCCCAUGUCGCAGGGGGUGGACUUUCUUCCAGGACAGAUGCUACUUCCACUCCUGCUCCCUGGGCACCUGGGAUACUGCCAACCGCUCCUGUGCCUCUCUAGGUGCCCUGCUCCUCCAGGUGACUAGCUUUGCUGAGCAGGCUCACAUCGUGGCUUCCAUGAAAGCACCAUCCUCCUGGAUGGGCCUCACGGACCAGGCACUCGAGGGGGCUUGGAUGUGGGUGGACGGGACUCACUCAGCAGCCAAUGCCAGCUAUUGGCAGACAGGGGAGCCCAAUGGCGGGCAGAAGGAGAACUGUGCGCUGGCACGGCAGGAUGGGCACUGGUAUGAUGCCCCAUGCACAGAGCAGCAUCACUGGGUGUGUGAGGGGGAGCUCUGAGCCUGCUUGGACUAGCCACCGAGCAACCUGGCCAGGCUCUGGCCCUCCCCCUGCCCCACCCCUCUGUCCCCCACUGUGACCCAAGGACCUCUUGAUGCCAACUAGUUGAGGGUACUAGGGGUGCAAGCUAUAUGGACUGGUGAUAUUUAAGGAGUUGUGUAUCUGCACAAAUAUUAUAUUCUUAAGGUCUGUGUCUAGGUACUGGCCAUCGGGAAAGGGGAAAAGCAGAUUUUCUUUCAGGCAAGAAAUGUUAAUCUCUCUGCCUGUUUGCAUGUAAAUCAAGUACUGUAUGGUUCACAAUGGGCAUCCACUCAGAAGUCUGAGCUGAAUGCUAAUGAAGAAUUGUGAAAUCUUCGAAGAGAGGAAAUUAACAGGAGGAAUUAAACAGCAGGAGUUAUAAGAACAUAAGACCAACCAUACUGGGUCAGACCAAUGGUGCAUCUAGCCUAGUAUCCUGUCUUCCAAUAGUGGUCUAUGUCAGGUGCUUAAGAGGGAAUGACGGAACACGCAAUCAUCGAAUGAUCCAUCCUCUGUUGUCCAUAACCAGCUUCUGGCAAACAGAGGCUAGGGACAUUCAUAGCAUGGGGUUAUGUCCCUGCCCAUCCUGGCUAAUAGCCAUUGAUGGACCUAUCCUCCAUGAAUUUA